AAUUUCUUUUUCUUAUCUCACCACACUUCCCACGGUGGUAAUGGCCGAAAACCAACCACCGUUGCAGCCGUCAUCUGCGCCGCCGCCACCACCGUCGUCUCCGCCACACUCUGGCUCCGAUAAUCCCGAUCCAACACAAUACUGGUGUUACCAGUGCGAUAAACGAGUCCCCGUCGAAACCCGACCCGAUGAUCCCGAUAUCAUCUGUUUCGAGUGUAAGAACGGAUUUGUCGAGUCGAUCUCAGUUCCUUCUCACGCUCGACAAGUCAGCGAUGAAGAUACUCCUGCUUUCGGAAACGAGUUCCUACAGGUGCUCAGGUUAAUUGCUCAGUCGGCGCGUGAGGACGACGAGCCUCCUCCUCCUCCUCCUGCAGAUCAUCCCGUUGGCGACAACGAUUAUCUCCGUAUCGAGCUCGAUGGAUGGGAUAACCGUAUCCUUGACGUCAACGAGGUCGAAGAAGAGGAGGAUCCUCAAGUAGACGAAGAUAGGGCUCGAUUUUACUAUGACGAUGAAGACGACGACGACGACGAUGAGCAAGAAGAAGAAGAAGAAGAAGAAGAGACCGAGAAUCGGAACCAAGAAGAGGACGAGACGGAUGAGGAUUUCGUCAGAAGAGAAAGGCGUGACGUGCUCCGUCUUCGCCUCCGCGACUUCGCGAGCCGAGCUGCAAACCGUCGUAACCGGAUUCUGGAUUGGGCAGAGAUCCUAAUGGGACUCGAGGACCAGUCUAUCGAAUUCAGGCUACAAGUCCCCGGAGAUGACGAUGGUUACAUAGGCAAUCCUGGAGACUACGUCGACGCAGCUGGAUACGAAGCUUUAUUGCAAAAUCUCGCAGAGAGUGAUAGCGGUGGGAGGAGAGGCGCGCCGCCUGCCGGCAAAUUAGCGAUCGAGAGCCUACAAACAGUCGAUGUGAAUUCAACUAACAUGGAAAUCUGCGCGAUUUGUAAAGACAGAGUGUUCAAUAACGAAGACAAGAUCGCUAAGCAACUAGGGUGUGGACAUAUGUAUCAUGGAGACUGUAUAGUGCCAUGGUUGGGUUCGAGGAAUACUUGUCCUGUUUGUAGGUAUGAGUUGCCUACAGAUGAUCCUGAGUACGAAGAAGACAGAAAAAAGAGAUCAGUCACCAUGACUGAUACAUCAAUUGAUCAUGGUUGUUCUUCAAGCUCCGGUGGUGGUGGUGAUUAAGAAGUGGUAUGUAUGCAUUUGUCAUUGAUGUUGUACUUGAUAACUUUGGUGUUGGUUUUUCAUUGCUCUUAUAUAAACCGAUGUUAAUUUAUUGUGAUCUUCCUGUUGUACAUACAUAUUUACUCAAUUUGAACAUUGGAUUUGUCUUC